AUGUUCUCGGAAGCAGCGGAUCUCUUCUCAGCUGCGCUGCAGAUGAAGGUCGAACAGCAUGGCGAGAUGUCCAUUCGCUGCGCGGAGAACUACUUCCUGUACGGCUCAGCUCUUGCCCUGGAAGCGGAGCAGGACGAUGGAGAAAAUUUGUUCGGGCCGAAAGUCCCGAAGCAUAUUGCGUUGAAGGGAGAGGAGGAAGAGGAAGAGGAGGGCGAGGAAGGCGAUGAAGAGGACGGAGAGGAGAAGCACGAAGAAGGGAAUGAAGAAAAUCGGGAAGGGAAAAUUGAAGAAGCAGGCGCAGGCGUAGAGGAGCAAGCAAAAGUCGAGGAAGAGGUCCAAGAACAAGUGACGGAAGGGUUUAAAGAAGCACAGGCAGAUGGAGCUAUCGCCAGCGUCGACAAUGCAACAACUCGAUCCAACGUGACUGAGGACGAGGAGACGAACGACCCUCGUACACAAGCGUGGGAGAUCCUGGAGACGGCUCGUCUAAUCCUGCAGAAAGAGCUCCUCUCCCCGACUCCCGGAGACGCUCCCGUCACUCCAGCAGAGAGGAAGAGUUUGAACCUCCUGCUCGCCGACGUCCACCUUCGGCUCGGCGACCUGAACUUGUGGAAUGAGAAUUUCGAGGAGAGCACCUGGGAUUACUCGCAGGAGAACUUUGUUGGACCCGAACGACAAGAAGUUGAUGGAGGAAGCGACAGUGGAGGGGAUGAGGAGUGGACGAUGACGUGGGAGCAGGCUGAGUACAUCACGGGGAUCUCGAUGCUCUACAAAGGAGACAAGCAAGCAGGCCUUGAACUUCUCAGGGAGGCGUCCGAGGUCUGCAAGGUUUUGUCGAGCAAGGCAGAGAAGGAUGGCAAGAACUACACGAACAUCCUACAGGAGAUCGAAGGAAAUACGACACUGUCUGAGAUGAUGGAAAAACUCAAGGAGGAUGAGCAAGACCCCGAACCAUUCAACGAAGACGAGUUCGAGGUGGAAAGCAGAAAGCGAACGGCAACGGAGAUAGAGGAUGGCGACACGGCUGACCUCGAGACCCCGAGGAAGAAGACAGUGCAGGAGCUUUCAUGA